AUGCGCUUGCUCAAGAGAAGCCGGGCGAUGGCAUAUCUGCUACUGGAUCGACACCAGUUCAGAAGCGAGGAGCUCCGGAAAAUCAGUGAAGAAGACUGCGAGAAGAAGUUGAUCACUCAGGAAAGUAGUGGUGAUCCGGCGGCGCAGUACGGCAGAGCUGUGCCUUUUCCGCUCUCGAUGAGGCUUUUAACCUUCCGCAUGUCUCGCGAGUGCCUCGACGUUGCAGUUCAGGAAGAAGCCCAGCGGAUAUACCAAGCAGCACCAGGACCGCUAAGAGUGCAGCAUGAGAAGAAAGAUAUUGUUUGCCUCGAGCAACCAGAUCUCGAAGAUAUCCAGCGAUGUUUCGCGAAGCGUUGUCCACAGUGGUAG